AUGGAACGAACUUUGAUUCUAGACACUCAACAAGGAGCUUUACCGCUGAGUCCUACCGAAGAGAUUGUGGAAGUUGAGCUCACGGACCUCUUGACCCAAUCUCACGAAGAAAUGCUGGGUCUUCAGCGCGUGUUUGAAGCUCGGAUGAGUGAGGCCGAGCGAACUCGCGAAGAGUACGAGCACAAGCACGCGGAAGAGAUGCAGUCACUGCAGGAGGAGUUGGCGAAUUCCCGCUUGGCGAUGGACCGCAUCAAGCAGGAGCUGCUCGACAGCACGACGCGCAAGCUGGAAGACAUGCACUCGGCCAUCACGGCGUCUCAGAGAGCGAUCGAGGCAAGCAUGAAAGACCAAGCGCGGUACUGGAAGUCCAUCUGCGAAGAGCUCGUCGUGGAAAAGCGAGACAUGGCUCAGAAAGUGGCGGAGGAGCGAGGAAAGUACACGGCGCUGAAGGCUCACCUCGCAAGUCACGACGACGCCAGCGCACGGCCGUCACUUCACUCUCGUGCACGGAUACGAGAUGCGCCUGGCGAGGAGAGCGUUGCUAGAAUGCGUCUGUGUGAAUUGUCGUCGCCUGCCUCUGCGUUGUCGCCACUCGCGCCAGGGAACCAGGGCUCGAACGAAGAGUCUGCAACUUGCGCAUCAGUCUGCGGCACACCAACUGGUUCUUCGUCAGGGCUGGUGGUCGUCCCUGAUGCAGACAGCGUCAGUGAGCCGUCUAGCGCAGAGGUGUCGCCGACGCACAGUAGCAGUAGCGGUAGCAGCGUCAGCAGAACCGGCAAGCCGACGACGUUCCGACGGUAUUACCUCGCCCAAAAGCGCGUGGUGCUCCACUAG